AUGGAGGAAGCCACAAACAAUGCGGGCAGUCAAAUGCGACAGCCCAAGAAGAGGUUUGUCGGUCGGCGCACAGCCGAAGCCCAGUCUCACAAGGAUACCUCAAGCCAAGCCGAUGUUGAGUCAACGGCUGUACAGACAGCUGCCCCAAGGAGGACAACUCGAACACUCAACCAAGUCCCCGCGGAGAUUCUGGACGACCCCGAGAUCCAAGCCGCGAUCGAACUGCUGCCCAAGAACUACUCCUUCGAGAUCCCCAAGACCAUCCACCGCGUCCGCUCCUCAGGUGCCAAGCGCGUCGCACUGCAGUUCCCCGAGGGUCUUUUGAUAUUCGCCACCACCAUUUCGGACAUUUUGACUCAAUUCUGCCCGGGCAUUGAGACCUUGAUCAUGGGAGACGUGACCUACGGAGCAUGCUGUAUUGACGAUUAUACGGCGCGAGCCCUGGGUUGCGACCUGCUCGUCCAUUACGCACACAGUUGCUUGAUCCCCGUGGACGUGACCAAGAUCAAAACGCUGUACAUCUUCGUCGACAUCAGCAUCGACACAAGCCACCUGAUCGCUACCCUCGAGCGCAACUUCAAGCCCGGCCAGACCAUCGCCACCGUCGGCACCAUCCAAUUCAACGCCACGCUUCACGGCCUCAAGCCGGUCUUGGAGCGCGCUGGCUUCCGCGUCGUGGUCCCGCAAAUCAUGCCCUUGUCCAAGGGUGAGAUUCUAGGCUGCACCUCCCCUCAGCUGCCAGAAUCCGAGAUCGACCUUCUCUUAUACCUCGGAGAUGGCCGCUUCCAUCUAGAGUCCGCCAUGAUUCACAAUCCCUCCAUCCCAGCCUAUCGAUAUGAUCCUUACUCGCGAACACUCACUCGCGAGUCCUACGAUCACGACGAGAUGCACACCAUUCGCCGCGAUGCCAUCGCCACCGCUAAAUCAGCCAAAAAAUGGGGCAUUAUUCUGGGAUCCCUUGGACGACAGGGUAACCCCAACACCAUGGCCAUGAUCGAACGUCAUCUCGCCGAACGCGGGAUCCCCGUCGUCAAUCUUCUCCUCAGCGAGAUCUUCCCCGGCAAGCUAGCUUCCAUGUCCGACGUCGAAUGUUGGGUGCAGAUUGCCUGUCCUCGACUGAGCAUUGAUUGGGGGUAUGCAUUUUCUCGCCCAUUGUUGACCCCUUACGAGGCGCUUAUUGCUCUCGACGUACGGGAAAAUUGGGACAAGGCGAACAAGGGUGUUUAUCCGAUGGAUUUCUAUGCCAAGGAAGGUUUGGGCCGAACGAAGCCCGAGCAGGCCAUUCGUGCCGCUUAA